AUGACUGGCCAGACCCUCGUCGACCCAGCGGAAUGCCAAGCGGGUUCCGGGGCGCGGGAGACUUGGCGCCUCUUGGGUUAUUUCCCGCCUCGGCUUCUCUGCACGCUUGGUCGGUCUUGGCCAGACGCAACUGGGAGGGGGUCUGAGAGCCAGUCGCCGCUUGAAAUGCCCUCCCCAUCGCUCUUCGAAUUGUCCAAAAAUAAUCUUUCCUCGUUCUCUCUGACUGGUUACUCACCCCCCACCCCACUACUCUUACUCGAGUCUUAUCGUGCUGACCGGCCCUAUGCGACUCCCGGCGCCGGUGUUCAAGCCGACCUAUCCGAUCCUCCGCGUCUGAUACAUCUUAUUGGAUCUGUCGCCAGUGAGUUACGCCUGGCGGUCGUUCUCGUAUCGACACGAGACAUCACCACCGUCGUGUCGCUCGUGCUAUGGCGGGUGAUCCGCCCGGCGCUGGAAUCGCUGGUGUCGUGGUCGGAGCGGUGCUGCUCUUUGGCGCCAUUAGCUUGGUUCCUAUACAGACUGAUUAUGUGGCAUCACCGACGACGAGCGGCGGCGCGAAGAGCCAGUGAAGUGCACCUGCUUCAGGUCAAUGGGUGCAUGCGACAGGUGACGGUGGAACGAUGGCUGGAAGAGUUGGCCCGAUCGGAAAAUGGGGAACCACAGCACCAGCGACACUACGCUCAGGAAACCUGUUCCAUCUGCCUUUCGACGCUCGUCGUGCCGUCGUCUUCGCAAGACACGCUACCGUCUUCUCCAGAACCCGCCUGCAUCCUUCCUCCUUCUCGCUCGACCACCACUCUCCACCGGCACGACACGCUGACCCCUGACGCUGACCCUCCCCUGCUCGAAUCAGAUCGGACGCGGUACCGGUACCGCGACGGCGAUCGCAGCGUCCUCGUUCUCAACCAGUGUAACCACGCUUUCCACGCCUCCUGUCUUGCGUCAUGGUUCGCCUAUGGCCGCUACAAGUGCCCCAUCUGUCAGACGGAGUACUCCCCCACCGACCCCGGGUAA